GGGAAGAAGCCUCCAACAUCCCGAGCAGGACCCAGGUCGUCGAGAAGUUCCGACAAUUGGGCAUCACCCGCGUCCGCCUCUACCACACUUUCCAGAGCACGCUCCAGGCUUUCUCCAACAGCGGCAUGCAAAUCACCGUGGGCAUAACGAACGCAGAUAUCGUCAGGACCUUAUCAAGCGUGGGCUCUGCCAGAAGCUGGGUCGAUCGCAUCAUCGUCCCUUAUGGCUCCAGUAACAUCGUCGCUGUUACGGUGGGAAACGAUGUCUUUACUUCGACGACUUCGACGGACAAUUUGAAAAACGCACUGCUGCCUUCGAUGAAGAAUCUGAGAGCGGCGCUGAAUCAGGCAGGUAAGAGUGGGAUCAAGGUCACAACAGCUCACUCUUUCGACGUCGUCACGAACAUCUUCCCCCCAUCUAGCGGCCAGUUCGCUGACACCGGAAGGAUGCAGCCCUUGGUGAACUGGCUGGCCACGGUACGAUCCGAUUUCAUCUGCAACAUCUACCCUUACUUCGCGUACAUAAACUCCAAUGGGCAAAUCACGUUGCAAUAUGGCCGUCUUGAAUCUGGUUCUGUCAUAGAUUCAAACAAUGGCAAGAUAUAUACAAAUCUUCUCGCACAGCAGCUGGACGCAGUUUAUGCAGCUCUGGGGAGAUUGGGGCAGGAAGAGAUGCGCGUGGUCGUUGGGGAGAUCGGCUGGCCCACUUCAGGAGGCACUGCCACAGAUACAGACAACGCUCAGAUCCACAACCAAAACCUGGUGAACUUAGCUAGAGGAGGAACGCCACUCAAGCCCAACUGGGGAAUCCAGACUUACAUUUUUGCAAUGUUCGACGAGAAUCAGAAGGCUGCUGGCUUAGAGAAGAGCUGGGGAUUGUACAAUCCGAGAAACUUCCAAGCGAAGUAUACCAUCAACUACGGAAACUCACCGACCCUUAGAAAUCGUAUCACCCAGGGAAUGAGACUGAGUAGUGGACAGUUUGUCAUGUCCAAAAAUAAAGUCUACAAGUUUAUCAUGGAGGCUGACGGUAACUUGGUCCUGUAUCAAACUGGUGUCGGACCUCUGUGGGCCAGCCAUACCGUUGGCAGCGCCUCGGAUGGUUACUUGGAGCUGCAAUCCGAUGGAAACGCUGUAGUGUACGGUGGCGGUGUUGCACGCUGGACUUCGGGUACUUUGGGGCGUAAUGAUGGAGCUCACCGCAUCGACGUUGAGGAAGAUGGCAACACUGUCAUGUACAAUGAAGCAAAUGAAGCCAUUUGGGCUACCAACACAUCGAGCGGUCGCAUCACCCAGGGAAUGAGACUGAGUAGCGGCCAGUUUGUGGAUUCCAAAAAUCGAGCCUACAGGUUAAUCAUGGAGGCUGACUGCAAGUUGGUCCUGUAUCACAUCCGUGUCGGACCUCUGUGGGCCAGCAAUACCCAUGGAAUGGCCUCGGAUGGUUAUAUGGAGCUGCGAUCCGAUGGAAACGCUGUAGUGUAUGGUGGCGGUGUUGCACACUGGUCUUCGAAUACUUUGGGGCGUAAUGAUGGAGCUCACCGCAUCGACGUUCAGGACGAUGGCAACGCUGUCAUGUACAACGAAGCAAAUGAACCCAUUUGGGCGACCAACACAUCGAGCAAUCGCAUCACCCAGGGAAUGAGACUGAGUAGUGGACAGUUUGUCAAGUCCAAGAAUGAAGUCUACAAGUUUAUCAUGCAGGCUGACUGCAACUUGGUCCUGUAUCACAUUGGUGUCAGACGUAUGUGGGCCAGCCAUACCAAUGGCAGCGCCUCGGAUGGUUACUUGGAGCUGCAAUCCGAUGGAAACGCUGUAGUUAAGAUUGGCGGUGUUUCACGCUGGACUUCGGGAACUGGCGGGCGUAAUGAUGGUACUCACCGCCUCGACGUUCAGGACGAUGGCAACCUUGUCAUGUACAACGAAGCAAAUCAAGCCAUUUGGGCUACCAACACAGCAGGCAAUCGCAUCAUUCAGGGAAUGAGACUGAGUAGCGGACAGUUUGUCAUGUCCAAAAAUCAAGUCUACAAAUUAAUCAUGCACGCUGACUGCAAAUUGGUCCUGUAUCACAUUGGUGUCAGACCUCUGUGGACCAGCCAUACCGAGGGCGACUCGGAUGGUCACUUGCAUAUGCAAUCCGAUGGAAACGCUGUAGUUAAGAUUGGCGGUGUUUCACGCUGGACUUCGGGAACUGGCGGGCGUAAUGAUGGUACUCACCGCCUCGACGUUCAGGACGAUGGCAACCUUGUCAUGUACAAUGAGGCAAAUCAAGCCAUUUGGGCUACCAACACAGCAGGCAGUCGCAUCACCCAGGGAUCGAGACUGAGUAGCGGACAGUUUGUCAUGUCCAAGAAUAGAGUCUACAAGUUUAUCAUGCAGGCUGACUGCAACUUGGUCCUGGAUCACAUUGGUGUCGGACCUGUGUGGACCAGCAAUACCUAUGGCCUCGCCCCGGAUGGUUAUAUGGAGCUGCAAUCCGAUGGAAACGCUGUAUUGUACGGUGGCCUUGUUGCACGCUGGGCUUCCCAUACUUUUGGGCGUAAUGAUGGAGCUCACUGGAUUGACGUUCAGGACGAUGGCAACACUGUCAUGUACAACGAAGCAAAUGAAGCCAUUUGGGCUACUAACACAGCAGGGAGAUGAGAGAUUUAUGUAUUUGUUGAAAAAGAGAACAUGUGCGAUCUAUGUCCGUCAUUGAAGAACUCCAGUGACCCCGAUAAGCGAACAUCCUUAGUCCAUGGAGCUAACUAACUGCAUCG